UCCGCAAGGAGACACAUCUCACAUCUUGACAGGCUGACGUCUUGAAAACGUCUCUUUUGUUCAUUCGGAGGGGCAAAAACAACAAUUUGUUAUUAUAUUAUAUUAUAUAUAUAUAUUUUUUUGGGAGUAUAUCGCGUUUUGUCUUCGCUGUGUGACGUCAGGAGAAUUAGACGCACCUGCUCCGGAGCGUCCACAAACAACACGCCUCGUCGACACCGAAGCUAGCACGGACAAACAUUUUGGGGGAAAAAUAGCAUUUAAAAAAAUUUUUUUUAAAAGGAAGAAUUUAAUUUAUGUUCGCUGUGUUUUUAUUCGGACUUCGGCGCGAGCUAGCCGUGCGCGAGAGCUUCUGUUUAUGUUUAGCUAGCUAGCUUCUAGACGCCACUUCAUAACAACAACAACAACAAUAAUAAUAAUAAUAAUAAUACAAGAAUUGUGAUCCAUGUCGCCCUAAACAAGAAAGCCAUGUGGGUCAGUCCCGAAGAGGUGCUGCUGGCUGGCGCCUUGUGGAUGACGGAGAGAGCCAAUCCUUACUUCAUCCUGCAGAAGAGGAAAGGCCAUGGCGGCGCAGGAGGAGGACUAGCGGGUUUGCUGGUGGGAACCUUGGACGUUGUCCUGGAUUCGAGUGCCCGAAUGGCCCCCUAUAGGAUUCUGUACCAAACCCCGGACUCGCUGUCCUACUGGAUCAUCGCUCACGGAACAUCACGUAAAGAGAUCACGGAGCACUGGGAGUGGCUGGAGCACAACAUGCUGCAGACUCUCUCCAUCUUUGAGAACGAGAACGACAUAACCACCUUCGUCAAAGGAAAAGUCCAGGGCAUCAUCGCAGAGUACAACAAGAACCACGAUGUCAAAGAGGACGACGACACGGACAAGUUCAAAGAGGCCAGCUCCAGGUUCCGCAAGUUGUUCGGCAUGCCGGAGGAGGAGAAGCUGGUCAACUAUUACUCCUGCAGCUACUGGAAGGGCAAGGUGCCCCGACAAGGGUGGCUCUACCUCAGCAUCAACCACCUGUGCUUCUACUCCUACUUACUAGGCAAAGAAGUCAAACUGGUGGUGCGCUGGGCGGACAUCACGCAGCUGGAGAAGAGCGCCACCCUCCUGCUGCCCGACGGCAUCAAGGUGAGCACGCGCAGCCACGAGCACGUCUUCUCCGUCUUCCUCAACAUCAACGAGACCUUCAAGCUGGCGGAGCAGCUGGCCAACAUCGCCAUGCGUCAGCUCCUGGACAACAAGGGCUUCGAGGAGGACCGCUCGCUGCCCAAACUCAAGAAGAAGUCGCCCAAGAAGGUGUCGGCCCUCAAGAGGGACUUGGAUGCCAGAGCCAAGAGCGAGCGUUACAGGGCGCUGUUCCGUCUGCCCAAAGAUGAAAAACUGGACGGGCACACAGGCUGCACCCUGUGGACUCCUUUUAACAAAAUGCACAUUCUGGGACAGAUGUUUGUCUCCACCAACUACAUCUGCUUCACCAGCAAGGAGGAGAUGCAGUGUAGCCUCAUUAUUCCACUUCGGGAGGUGACCAUCGUGGAGAAGGCAGACAGCUCCAACGUGCUGCCCAGCCCGGUCUCCAUUAGCACCAAGAACCGCAUGACUUUCCUGUUUGCCAACCUGAAGGACCGAGACUUCCUGGUGCAGAGGAUCUCCGACUUCCUGCAGCAGACCCCCUCCAAGAGUUGCUUGGAGCGGGAACUCACCGGCAGCCUCAACAGCUCCGACGACGAGGUUUACUCCCAGCACGGGUCGCUGCUCUCCACCAGCCCACAGCACAGCCUGAGUUCGGAGGGCGAGCGGAGCUUCAACCUGAACGACAGCAGCGUGCCCACCGCCACGCAGGCCCUCAUGACCAUGUACCGCCGCCGCUCGCCGGAGGAGUUCAAUCCCAAACUGGCUAAAGAGUUCCUGAAGGAGCAGGCUUGGAAGAACCACUUCACAGAGUACGGCCAGGGGGUGUGCAUGUACCGCACCGAUAAGACCAAAGAACUGGUCCUGAAAGGCAUCCCAGAGGCCAUGAGAGGAGAGCUCUGGCUGCUUUUCUCUGGAGCGAUCAACGAGAUGGCCACCAAUCCCGGCUAUUACGAAGACCUGGUGGAGAGGUCGAUGGGGAAGUACAACUUGGCCACGGAGGAGAUCGAGCGAGACCUUCACCGCUCGCUGCCGGAGCACCCCGCCUUCCAGAACGAGAUAGGUAUCGCUGCCCUGCGCCGGGUCCUAACCGCUUACGCCUUCAGAAACCCAAACAUCGGAUACUGCCAGGCCAUGAAUAUCGUGACGUCGGUGUUGCUGCUCUACGCUAAAGAGGAGGAGGCCUUCUGGUUGUUAGUGGCGCUCUGUGAGAGGAUGCUGCCAGACUACUACAACACCAGGGUCGUAGGAGCUCUGGUGGAUCAAGGCGUGUUCGAGGAGCUGGCUCGCGAGUACGUGCCCCAGCUGUACGACUGCAUGCAGGACCUGGGCGUCAUCUCCACCAUCUCGCUCUCCUGGUUCCUCACCCUCUUCCUGUCGGUCAUGCCGUUUGAGAGCGCCGUGGUGGUGGUGGACUGCUUCUUCUACGACGGCAUCAAGGUGAUCUUUCAGCUGGCGCUCUCCGUGCUGCACGCCAACAUCCACCAGCUGCUCGGAUGCAAGGACGACGGCGAGGCCAUGACCGUGCUGGGCAGGUACCUGGACAACGUGACCAAUAAGGACAGCACCUUGCCCCCCAUCCAACAUCUGCACUCCUUGCUGACGGACAAUGGAGAACCGCAUCCAGAGGUGGACAUCUUCAAACUGGUCCGCAGCUCUUACGAGAAAUUCGGCUCCAUCCGCGCCGACGUGAUCGAGCAGAUGCGUUUCAAACAGAGGCUGAGGGUCAUCCAAACCAUCGAAGAUACAACAAAGCGCAACGUGGUCAGAAGUGUUGUGACAGAGACUGCCUUCAGCAUGGACGAGUUAGAGGAACUUUAUGUCCUCUUUAAGGCCGAGCACCUGACCAGCUGCUACUGGGGAGGCAGCAGCAACCCCACCGAGCGCCACGACCCCAGCCUGCCCUACCUGGAGCAGUACCGCAUCGACGUGGAGCAGUUCAAGGGCCUCUUCAACCUCCUCUUUCCCUGGGCCAACGGCGCCCACUCGGACCCCUUGGCCGCGCGCUUCUUUCGCCUGCUGGAUCAGAACGGGGACGCCUUCAUUAAUUUCCGGGAGUUCAUCAACGGCCUCGGUGUUCUAUGUCACGGGGACCUCACAGAGAAGCUGAAGCUCCUCUACAAGACGCACGUUCUACCUGAGAUGACGAGUGAACAGGAGGAGCCUGACUCCGCCUUCGAGGCCACGCAGUACUUCUUUGAAGACAUCACCCCGGAAACAUCAAUAGGCCAGGACACAAAGAACCGAAGUGAGAAGGAUGACGGCUUUGUCAGGGUUACUUUCAAAACGGAAAAAGUGAAGAAACUCAACAACCCCGACUACCGACACUACCUGAAACUGUGGAACCAGGAGAGCAAGUCUAAGACGGAGCACACUAAGGAUCUUCCCAAGCUGAAUCAGAGCCAGUUCAUCGAGCUGUGCAAGACCCUGUACAGCAUGUUCAGCGAGGACGUGGCGGAGCAGGAGCUGUACCACGCCACCGCCACCGUCACCAGCCUGCUGCUGGAGAUGGGCGAGGUGGGCAAGCUCUUCUGCCGCGCCGGCAGGGACCGGGAGCGAACCCAACCGACCGAGGCGCGCCAGACGGACGCCUUUGUUCCCGGCGCGGCGGACGAGGGAAAAGGCGGGGACGUCCGCGAGCCCUCGCCGCCCAUGCAGGACAUCAAGCUGGAGGACUCGUCUCCCAAAGACAACGGCGCCUCGUCGUCGGCCAUGCUCAUCUCCGACGACGAGGCCAAAGACGACACGUCGGUGUCGUCGUACUCGGUGCUCAGCGCCGGCUCGCACGACCUGGACGACAAGCUGCAGUGCGAAGACAUCGCCGACGACACGGUGCUGGUGAGGAGCGAGGGCCAGGACGAGCGCGGCGGCGGCGGAGGCGUGGACAAAGACUGGGCCAUCACCUUUGAGCAGUUCCUGGCGUCCGUGCUCACCGAGCAGGCGCUGGUCAGCUACUUCGAGAAGCCCGUGGACGUGACGGCUCGCAUCACAAACGCUAAGAAUGUUCACAAAGUGGGGCGCCCCCUGCUGUCCACCAGUGACUAUGACAUCUCUCUGUCCGGCUAGGAGUCCUAUUCCUCUCCGUGGACUUGACACCAAUAUUUCAUGUCCAGUACAGACUUGUACUAGAAAGUACUGACACCAAUAUUUCAUGUCCAGUAGUAGAAAGUACACGUGCAGUAGACGUCUUGUCUUCUGUCCACAAUAUUGCACGUCCUGAAUGUUGCUCAACUAUAUACCGCUCACCUCCGUUUACCCUUUAAGAUACUACUGCACUCUCCUACUAUCCAGUGUAGUACUACUACUGCACUCUCCUAGUAUCCAUUUUGUACUACUACUUCACUUUCCUA